AUGGUCCCCCGAUGCUGUCGGGGGCACCUCGACGCCAAGCAGCAGCCACACGCCGCGGGCACGACAGCUGCCGCUUCCCUGGCCCUUUGUACAUCGGCUGGGGCACAGCGCAAGACACGUGAACAACCCGGAAACAACUCCGAACGAUCUUCCUGUGCGUGUCCUCUCCUCCCGUCCUCUCCUCUCGUCCCGGCCUCUAGUCCGCCUCCGCACUGGCCCCCAGCCGCUUCCUGCGCCAACGCCGCCGAACCCCAAGCGCCUGGACCUCCGGACGCCCGCCGGCGAUCUGGCAAUCGCGGGCCUGGCCCGCGCCGUGCCGCCGCAUCGCCGAUGGCCUGCGCAUCUUCGCGCAACAGGGGCUGUCAUGGUACUGAGAAGAUACGGUGGAAGCUUGCGGCAUGGGGCGUUCUGAUGGUGGCGCUGUCGGCGGCCGGCGACAGCGACAACCUGGGCAGGAGGAUCCGGGCCAACGAGGACAUUGUCCGGACGCUCCAGGAGGCGGCCACGGAGCUGUACGCGACGCGCGGCCAGGUCGUGCCGGGGUGCUCUUGCUCCGUGCACGCCUGCUCGAAUGAAUUCCCGCCCGGACGGGAGUGCUCCGACAAGCUGGGCCACUCCGAGGAGAUAUGCGGAGGAUGCGAGGAGAAAGGGAGGAUGCUUGACCUCCUGAAGUCGAUGGUCAGGACGCCGCCUGGGGAAGACCCUGAGAAACUGAGCCCAGAGGUGAUAGAGUCGAUAUGCACGUUUCAGCCUUUGGACAAGGAUUUUGUGGCGAAGGGCCCGGAUGGGAACUAUACGUGGACGUACAUUGGCACUACGACUGGUGUGCACAGAGUCUGGCCAGGACUGGCAAUUGUGAGGGGCCUCCCAGAUGAUGACCCCGAGCAACCGCUUGGGAGCUGCAGAAAAUUUGACCCUAGGGAGCGCCCGUGGUUCAACGCCGCCAGCAGCGGCCCCAAGGACGUCGUGAUCGUUCUGGACACUUCAACGAGCAUGGGCGAGACUCUUGGGUCAAGAGGAAAGACAAGGUGGGAGGUUACAAAGGACGCCACCUCGCGGCUGCUGGGCACUUUCGGCAUUUCGGACUUCGUGAGCAUCGUGACCUUCAAUUCCGAGGCGGAGGUUCUCGGAGGAAGAACGACUUUGGUCCGGGCGGACAAUGCCAACGUUGAAAUGCUUCGCAGGGAGAUUGGGAAUGUUGAGCUGACGGGAAAAACCAAUUUCAAGAAAGGUUUCCAAACUGCUUUUAAUGUCCUCAUCGAAUCCAGCAAGCUUGGAUCUGAAGUGGACGACCCUCCAACCUCGUCGUGCACAAGGGUGAUUCUGUUCCUCACGGACGGGGAGGACUGCUCGCUCCUUGAAGAGCAAUCUUGCAACGAUUCUGAAGACGCGAAAGAAGAGUCUGACGCAAACACAGUUGCUGACUUCAUACGAGAGAAACAAUCCGAGAUGGUGGAACUGGGCGGCGAAAGUGCUCACAUCUUCACGUUCUCCAUGACGUCCGACUCAGAUGAUAAGCUGGCGAAGAUGAUUGCCUGCGAGAACAACGGCUCUUGGGCGUCCAUCGAAGAGAAAGACGACCCACUGGUCAAGUUCCUGGAUUACACUAGAUUCCUGGCCUGGACGCGCCGAGGACUUGACGUCAUCUGGAGCAACUUCUACGUGGACGGCGCCGGCCUGGGAAACAUGACGACAGCAGUGAUGCCGGUGUACGCCCCUGAGACAUCAGACGGUAUCCCGGGCCUCCUCAUAGGCGUGGUUGGAAAAGACGUGCUGGUGUCAGAGCUGGAGGCAGACGACGCUGACUUCGAGGACGUUUUCAAAAGGCUGAUAGAGCUGUCGUCGUUUUGCAGGCCGCCGGAGGAGAGUGUUUGCCAACUUCAGGUACUGCGCGGAAAGGAAUCCCAGUGCCCAGACAUCAUUGAGCAGAGGCCAUGCUUCUACAUGGACAGCGAGAAGAAGUACUACACGACGGUGCCGGAAAACAAGCUGCCAUUUGAGGAGGCGGCCGAGGCAUGCAUCAAGCUUGGAGGUCAUCUGGCGGAGCCUAAGUCCGACGUGGCCCACGCUUUUUUGUCGAGCCUGGCAACGCGAGAGGGGUGCUGGAUAGGCCUUCGUCUCGGCAACUCUCCACCUUUCCGUUGGAGAUGGGAGGUUUCUGAGGAAGAGGCGGAACAGAUCCCAAGAACCGAUCCAGAGGGUUCUUCGUUUUGGGCAUCGCGGGCAAAGGGGGCAAACGAAUGCGCGGCAAUAGAUCGACGGGGCAGGAGAAAGAAUGUGUUCGACGUCUCCUGCAAGAAGGAAAUGGCCUUCGUCUGCGAAUUCGAAGCGACGAAGGCGCCAGAGCAAUGUUCUGGAAAUGAUACCGAGAGGGUCACCGAAGAUUUUGUCUCUAUGGUGCCUUCCAUAGACCUGUGCAGCGACUACGAAAGUGCGCGACUUGCAAGCACCAGCGUCAUAGAUAAGACCUUGGGCAUUGUUUCAGAGACGGCAGUGUGCCCCCUUGGAACCCCCGAGACAUCCACUGAGGAAGUUCAAUGCUGCUCUUGCAAAACAGCAGUUCCUAAGUCGUGCGGCGCAGGGGUUGACGACCCCCCUUGUGUUGAUGGAUAG